AUGAACGGUGUAGCUGAAAGAAUGAAUCGUACUCUGACUGAAAAGGCACGUGCAUUAUUGAUAGAUUCACAGCUUCCUAAAGAGCUUUGGGGCGAGGCCCUACGAUAUGCGAUAUACGUCACCGAUCGUAGUCCCACUGCUUCCCUUAAUGUUACACCAUUUGAAAUGUGGGCGGGGAGACGUCCUAAUGUGUCUAAUUUUAGAAUAUUUGGGUCUUCAUAUGCCCAUAUUCUGCAAAAACUCCGAAUGAAAUUAGACCCUCGUGGUGUGAAAUUGAAAAUGGUUGGAUAUGCUCCGGGGCAUACAGAUUAUGGGAUGCUAAGGAAAGGAGGAUACGCAUAG